GCCAGAUCUUUUUACGGGAUAAAAUCUUUUGUUAUGUAAAAGUAACGGAAAGGAAGAUGUUUACUAUUGUUAUGCGCACGCACGUGCGCGUAUAAGCCAAGUUAAGAUUUACUGGAUCAAUUAUUAGACGUCGACGUUUCAGCAUCGAAUAAGAUAGUGGCUGCGGAUCAGUCAUAGAAACAGACCUUGACAUCUGUGUACAUGCGUAACGGUGAACUAGAAAUCUUAGUCCCGAGGUGACCCAGUUUUCAAAUGUGUUUAGUAACACCGAUCAACUUCGACACAGAUAACACAUAUUAAUUGGACCAAGCACGUACACAAACACAUAUCAAUAUGGAGAACAAAGCACCUACAGAAAUGGACACCUUCUUGCCCCAAGAUGGGUCCAAUGCAAAAGAUGGUGUAUUAUGCAAAUACAAAGUGCAAGUUGCUCCACGUGAUAUGGAAGCCGGACAGGGUGAUGGAAAAAGUUUCGACCCCUUCAGUGAACGAACAGUAGAUAACCCAACGACGGACUGUGACACAUUAACGCAUUUACUGAAAGCGUCACUUGGAACAGGAAUAUUGUCUAUGCCAAUAGCUUUCAAGAAUGCUGGCUUACUCGUCGGUGUACUUGCCACAAUCCUGGUGGCAUUUGUUUGCACACAUUGUGCAUAUAUUUUGAUAAAAUGUGCGCACGUUCUUUAUCACAAAACAAGGCGUACGGAAAUGAGUUUUGCCGAUGUAGCAGAGGUAGCGUUUGCUACGGGACCACAAUGGGGGAGAAAGUUUGCAAAACCAAUUAGGUAUCUUAUACAGAUUAGUUUAUUUGCAACGUAUUUUGGCACCUGCAGUGUGUACACAGUUAUUGUUGCCGCUAAUUUUAAUCAAAUCAUUAAGCAUUAUAAAGAGGAAGGAUCCGGAGAAUUUAGUCUCCGAUUGAUGACUGCCUGUUUAUUGAUUCCAAUGAUACUACUCAGCUGGAUACCGAAUCUGAAAUAUCUUUCACCUGUUUCCAUGGUGGCCAAUAUAUUUAUGGGAACAGGUUUAGGAAUAACAUUUUAUUACUUAGUUUGGGAUAUACCACCCAUUACAUCUGUACCUUUAUUUGCAUCCAUCGAAGACUUUCCGCGAUUCUUCAGUAUUACUAUCUUUGCAAUGGAAGCGAUAGGUGUUGUAAUGCCACUGGAGAAUAACAUGAAAACACCACAGCAUUUUGUCGGAAUUUGUGGUGUUCUGAAUAAGGGGAUGUCUGGAGUCACACUCAUUUAUAUUUUACUUGGUUUUUUGGGAUACAUUAAGUAUCAACAUAAAACCUUAGAUAGUAUCACGUUAAAUCUACCAACAGAAGAAAUACCAGCUCAAGUUGUAAAGAUUUUGAUAGCUCUUGCUGUUUAUUGUACAUUUGGACUGCAGUUUUACGUUUGUCUCGAUAUUGCAUGGAAUGGUAUAAAGGAUCGGUUCCAGAAAAAACCGCUACUAGCAAAUUAUAUUUUAAGAACGGUUAUGGUUACAGGAGCAGUUUUACUGGCUGUGAUUGUACCCACUAUCGAACCAUUUAUUGGCUUAAUUGGUGCAUUUUGUUUUUCGAUAUUGGGACUUUUAAUUCCUGUGUUUAUCGAAACCGUAACUUAUUGGGACGUCGGUUUUGGACCAGGAAACUGGGUAGCUUUAAAGAACAUAAUCAUUUGUGUCAUUGGUUUUAUGGCUCUAAUAUUUGGAUCUCGAAGCGCAUUAAUGCAAAUCGCGAAACUAUAUUUACAAAAAUAGUCUUCAUAUCCAAAUAGAAUGGUAGAUAUUCCAAUAUUCCAAACUUUGAAAACGUUUGGAAGUCACUUAA